GACGUCAACAGGAGCUGUGGACUACCUGUUGCCUCAGGUAACUGAAAUCAGCAGUGUGAGAGGAAGACAUGAGGGACUUACAGGACGGCUGUGGUACAGACUGUUAGCUUGUCUUUACACUCAGGUCGAACUGCGUGAGCGUCUUGUACACGCAGGACACAUUACUGGAUGAAGUAUUAAGUUGUAGGUCAGACGUGUGUUACGGAUAGGAAAAGCACACUGCACUUCCGGACUGCGUCAUUUCUCUCCCUAUGCCACCCUGACACUACGAAAUCAUGUCAGGUGAUGGCAAAAGCUUUUCUCAGAGGUGGGAGAGGGCAGGAAGACCUGAAGCAUUGUCCAUGCAGAGUAGUAGCAUCAAGAGCAGACCAUAUGAAGAGCGCUGUGUUGACCCAAUCAGUCCUGAGACCCAGUACCCUGGAGCGCUCCACAAAGUCCAUCAAAAAGAUGCUAAUGGCAAUACUACUGAGCCAGAGACCGUUCGCUUUCUACCUGGCAAGACGAAGUCUACAUCUGGUUCCUGCAUGUGUGGUCCCUGUGUCUCAGUGAAGAGCUGUAGGACAUUUGCAUGUAGCGUGUUGACAUGUGGACUGUAUCGGGUGUGUAGGCGAAUGCCAUGUCUGCUGUCUGGGGAAACCCGAGACGACGAGCCAGAAGUUCUAAAAGCUGUGACAUCAGUGCCGGAUGAUAAGACCGAUUUUUAUCCUGAUCUUUGUAUCGGUGGUGUCAAAGUGGAUCCAUCAGCACUAAUGGAAGAGCAUGAGCCAGUCUCCUUUAGCCUUCCUAAAAUUGAUUUGGACAGCCCAACAUAUCUAAGUGGCAGCAAGCAUUUCAGUGAUUUACAAGAUGAGGACUUUAUUUAUGAAGGCACAGAUGAGGAUGUGGACUCGCUAAUAACACGUAAGCUACUUGAGGUUUUCUCUGAGUUUGAGAUCAACGAGCUAGCCAAAUGCACGUCGGACUCCAUGUUCCUGAAGCGCUCCCAGGAGAUCAGCCAGAUCAUCUCGGAUAUUGUCCAGGAGCGUAACAUUAAGGAGCAGGAAGCAGAAUGCCGGCUAGUGCGCGAGAUCAUCCGCAUCAGCACGCGAAAGAGCAAGAAGAAAGUGACAGUCAGACCGCAGGAGCUGCAGAGGGACAGUGGCAACGACACGUGGAGGAGCAGUAAGAGAAGCAGCAAGAAGAACAGCUUCAAUUCCAUGAGUGAUGGCAGUCUAAAGAUUUCAGAGGAGAGAGCCGAUGACAUAGAAGCGCGGAAUCUGCGGAACAACAGUAAGCAGUCAUACUCGCUCAGCUUUCCUGCAUCUCACUCAGCAAGCUCCACGGACAAUGUCACACCCAUCACAUCAGACACUCCUUUGCUCUCUCAUGGAGUGAGAGCCUAAGCCUGCAUUUUUUUUCCAAAAAGUCCUCUGCGUCAGCCUCUGGGACUAUAAUGAAGAACAUGUGCUUACUUUCUUUAUAGCCUAAACGAUUUUAACUCAGUUAACUGCCAUCAGAUUGUAUGACAUGACACAAUUAACUUUUCUAUUUAUGGUAUAAAAAAAACCAAAUUGCUUGAAUUGUUGCCUUUGUUGUAGAUAGUAGAUAGUAAUGAUAGUUAAACAUGAAAUAAAAAGAAUAACCAUAGUGAAAUGAGGUAAAAAAAAAAAAAAAAAAUCAGCAUUUAGGUUAGCAUUGUGUUUUAAUUUUAUUCUACAGAAGAACCACUGUUGCACUUUCCUAAAUAGUGACUGAAGGACAGCUAUAUUCUGCGCUUUCUCUUAGUUCUCCUUGAGCUGUUGAUGCACAGGUGAAGCAUGUAAAUAUUGUUUAGUGCAUCCAUGAUGCGUGCUCGUAUGUGCCAGAGAGGUGAUUUUAAAGGAAAAUAACUGGAACAGUAAUAUGUCAGUGCUGGCUGUUUGGAGUUUUGGUGUCUAGAUGGAUUUGGUUUUGUUAACUCCCAUUGUGUACUCAUGAAUUAAAUGUUUGUGUGUGUUUGUUUUUUCCUUCUUCUUCAAAUGUACAAUUUAGUCUUUAGUCCCGCGCUUAGCCUUAGAUGAGAUUACAUUAUAGGAGUUUUCAGAGAAUUAUUAGUCUGUUUUUGAGUUUAAUCAGUAACAGUUCAAGAAAGAGUGACAUGCUAUUAUUCUUUUUCUGUCUAAUAUAGGAUUUGUGUAAAUAAAAUGUAAAUUAAAUUCAACAGGAAUCCUCGAAGAGUAAAGCUGAUCUUCAGAUAAAUGUGAGUGUUUGUACAUGAAUUUGUCUGCUGAUGGCUUGUCAUUAUUCUCUGGCACAAUCUUACUCUUACAGUUCUCAUCACAUUUCUGAUCUAUCUGGAAUGGAAACAACCCACAAGCUGAAAUAAAUCUUAUAAAAUAGUA